AUAUGUAUGAUAGAAAUUACAUCUCUCUUUUCGGUUAUAAUACAAUAUUUGCGGAGACUUAGUCUGCUAUUAGAGAGCUGUUAAGUACAGAACAUCGAAAUUGUGAGUUUAAUCACGGGGAGUUAAGUUUCGUAACUGAAUGACCUUGAGUUAGCAUCGCUGUUAGCAUCGCCGCUAGCAGCUGUUUCUCUGAAGAUCUGAGUAAUAAAGAGAAAAGCAGAGAAGCUGGUCAAAGAUCUGAGCUGCAGGUGCUGAAAAGCCGCAACUUGCCGCCCGCACUCACUUUUCCCGCAAACUGCGAGUCCGGCAGCAUGAGGAGUCUGAACAACCGAGCCGAGAGCCACCUGACGGGCCGAGCCGAACCCGAGCCGGACGGAGGCCGGGUGAACCACGGCUACUGCGGCUCCCCGGCGCCGCUGGUCAGCACCAUCUGCAGCCCGCAGCGGACCUCCAGGGGCCACACACUGGACCGCAUGCAGGAGGAACCGGGCAGCCCCGACCAGAACCCGGGGAAGGAGACAAGAGGCUGCUGCAGCUUCAUCAAAGCGUUUUGGGGAACAGCUUGGACUGAAAACACAUCCAACAACAGGGAAAAGUUCAUCCGCACCACCCUGAGGGAGCUGCUGGUCUACCUGGUGUUCCUGCUGGAUGUUUGUCUCUUGACCUACGGCAUGAGCAGCUCCAGCAGCUAUUAUUUCACCAAAGCCAUGACGGAUCUGUUUGUGGGCUCGGCCAGCCAGAGUGGAGUCACGUUUCAGACCAUCGGCAACAUGGCCGACUUCUGGGACUACGCUCAGGGUCCGUUACUGGACGGGCUUUACUGGACCAAAUGGUACAACAACCAGUCCCUGGACAGCGGAGACCAGUCGUUCAUCUACUAUGAGAACAUGCUACUCGGAGUUCCCCGGAUGAGGCAGAUUAAGAUUAAAAACAACUCCUGCAAAGUCUAUAAAGACUUUAAAGAUGAGAUUACCGAAUGCUUUGACGUCUACAACGAGAAGAAGGAGGACGACCUCAGCUUUGGCCUCAUCAACGGCUCUGCGUGGCGCUAUCACACAGAGAAAGACCUCAAAGGUUCCUCCUACUGGGGCCUCCUGACCACCUACAGUGGAGCCGGGUUCUACCAGGACCUGAGCCGGACCAAGGAGGACAGCGCCAACAUCCUUUCAGAACUGAUGGAAAACCUUUGGAUGGACCGAGGAACCAGGGCGGUUUUCAUCGACUUCUCAGCCUACAAUGCAAACAUCAACAUGUUCUGUGUAGUCAGGUUGGUGGUGGAGUUCCCAGCGACCGGCGGCGCCGUACCGUCCUACCAGAUCAGAACCGUCAAACUGAUCCGCUACAUCACCCACUGGGACUACUUUGUCCUCGGCUGCGAGUUGGUUUUCUGUGUGUUCAUCCUCUACUACAUCGUGGAGGAGAUUCUGGAGCUGCGGAUACACAAGUUUGCCUAUUUCAAAAGCAUCUGGAACAUCCUGGACAUACUGGUCAUACUGCUCGCCAUCGUUGCGAUUGUCUUCAAUGUCUUCCGGACCAUCAAAGUGGACAAUCUGCUCGGGUCGCUGCUAGAACAGCCGGAUUCAUACGCCGAUUUUGAAUUCCUGGCUUUCUGGCAAACCCAGUAUAACAACAUGAAUGCUGUGAAUUUGUUCUUCGCCUGGAUCAAGAUUUUCAAAUACAUCAGCUUCAAUAAGACGAUGACGCAGCUGUCCACCACGCUGGGCCGAUGCGCCAAAGACAUCCUGGGCUUCGCCAUCAUGUUCUUCAUCGUCUUCUUCGCCUACGCGCAGCUCGGAUACCUGCUGUUUGGAACCGAGGUCGAAUCUUUCAGCACAUUCGUCAAGUGCAUUUUCACGCAGUUCCGGAUAAUUCUUGGUGACUUCGAUUUCGACGCAAUCGACCGAGCAAACCGAGUCCUGGGGCCCAUUUACUUUGUCACCUAUGUGUUUUUUGUUUUCUUUGUCCUGCUGAACAUGUUCCUGGCCAUCAUCAAUGACACUUACUCAGAGGUCAAAGAGGAGCUGUCAACUCAGAAGGACGAACUGCAGAUUACUGACCUCAUCAAACAGAGCUACAUGAAGACUUUUAUGAAGCUGAAACUAAAAAAAGAGAAAAUAUCGGACGUUCAGAAAGCUCUACAGUCUGGAUCUGGAGAAAUCGAAUUCAGGGAUUUCAGAGAGACUCUUAAAGAGAUGGGUCAUGAAGAUAAAGAAAUAUCUGCGGCUUUCUCACAGUUUGACCGAGACAGAAACCAGGUUCUGGACGUAGACGAACAAACGAGGAUGAAAAUUCAACUGGAAGAAAAACGAGAUGCUCUCACCGCCGAGCUGAACAACUUGGGAAAGAACUACGGAAAAGAGUUUCUGGAGAAUCGUUCGGCCUCAGACGAUGAAAAGAGUCGAGGCUUCGUGGCGCAGGAACAGUUCCUCUGGCUGAGCAGGCGGGUUCUGCAGAUAGAAACGUCGAUGGCGGCGCUCACGUCCAGGACGGAUCUGAUCAUGGAGAAACUGGGAUUAACGGGAAACCACACCGAUCGAUCUUCCUCGCUGACGUCUAGGAUGUGAGGAACCUGCUGCAAGCGAUGAAAAAUAUCACGCCUGAAAACAAGUCAGCGCCAGCAGGUUGUAAUGGAAACGUGUAAAUACUGUAAUAAUGAUUGUAUCGCCUACCAGCAAUCUGACUGCAGGAGAACGACGGCGCAUCAGAUGAAGAGGAAGGAAAUUUAAGAUUAAUCUCCAGAAUUUUCAAGAUUAUGGAAAUUUCAAAAAUAUUACAUUUUUGUAAAUUUUUUGUGUUUGAAAAGUCAAAAAUUUGUUAGGCAAUAAUAAGUAAUUUUAAAUUAAAUUCAAAUUUUCUAGAAAAUAAAUGAAAAUUUGAGAUUUAUUUCAGAAAAGUUGGAAAACAAAUCCAAGGUCUUUGAUCUGGAACAAAGUGCAAAUCUGUCAGUUUCAAAAGUCAAAAUUUUUCACAUUUUGGAAAUUUUCUGACUUUAAAAUUUUUUUUAUUUUAUUGAAAAAAACCUUUUUUUUAUUUAAACUCAGAAAUUUUCUAGAGGUUAUUUGGAAAUUAAAAAAGUCAUAAUUUUUUUAAUCAGAAAUGCUCUGGAAUUUUGUUUUUAAAUGUCUGCAUUUCAAAGGUUUAAAACAUUUUGACUUGGAAAUUUUUUGAGCUUGAAAAGUCAGAAAUUCUCUAGAAAAAAACUCUAAUUUUUAAAUAAGAGAUUUUCUUGGAAAAACUGGAAAUUUGAAAAAUGUUAUUCUUUUUUACUUUUGUAACCCUAAGAAUUUUUUAAUAUCAAAAUUUGUUGACUUCAAAUUCCCAAAUUUCCAUGUUUAUUUUCUGGAAAAUUUCUGAGACCAAUUUAAAAACUUGACUUAUUUUGACAGCAAUUGACUUUUUCUCCCAUCUGCAGCUGCCUCAAUGCGCCGUUGUGCAGCAGAGACCAAAAGCAGAUUAAUGUUUAGCUGGUUCCAGUGGCACGGCCAUGUUUCUGAAAACUAAGUACACCCUGAGCUGUAACUUUUCUACACCGCUGGUAGCAGAAAAGCUCCUGCUGGGCUGGUAAAUUGUUCUGAGGUUAUUCUGCUGUUAGUAAAGGUUUGCAUCUCUAUCAGUUGUGCCAAAAAUUUGUUUCAGAGCAAAUAACUACUAAAAUGUAUGUCUUUAAUGGUGUUAACGCUAAUAAAUAAACUUAACUCCCCCUCUUCACCCAUUCAGAAGCAGCAGGGGUGUACUUAGUUUCUGUCCCUGAGAUCAAAACUUUCUCUUCGCUACGAUUGAACCAUUUGAGUUGCAAAAUAAAUAUCUGCACAGUUAGUGAAAAAAUAAAAUGUAUUUACUUCAUAUUCUAAUCGUGUUGCUUUUUCAGAAUGAGCACAAAAGCUCAUUAUAUAUUGGAUAGUAGUUUACUUUGACUAGACCUAUGAGGCCUUUAGAAGUGAGCUGCAAAAAUAUUGUCCUGUAAGUUAAAACUCUUUAGUUUGAUUCAAUCUGUUAAUGUUGCAUAAAAUGCAGUUUUACAGUGUUUGUGUUUUGCUGUCAGACUUCCUCAUAGAAAACAUUCAUCAUGUCUAAUAAACGUCCUGAACAACGAGGUACAAA